AUGUACUCCAAAGUUGUGAUUGUCGUUGCCCUGUGUGUCCUGAGCACCGUUUCGGCGGGUGUUGUUCCUGUGGCGUCCCCGCUAGCCGCGGCUGGAGUCAUCGCUCCAUACGCCACGUCCUACAAUGCGCACACGGUGAACCACAACAUUGCUGCUCCGUAUGUUGCGGCCGCUGCUCCGGUAGCCUACAGUGCAGCGCCAGUGUUGCCAGCGGCCUACACCGCUACCUACGGUGGUGCUGCCGUGCUGCCAGCGGCUUACACCUACGGUGCUGCCACCUAUCCGUAUCUGCUAUAG